UCACCUAAUCAAUCAAUCAAUCAAUCAUUUUACAGGCCACUGGUAAUAGAAUCGAAGCCCCAGACCCUUCGGCUCUCUCUCCCUCUCCCUAAAUAGGAAUCACCUGCAGUUGCCGGCCGAAUAAGCAAACGGAGAAAUGCCGGGGAUAAGAGGCCCGUCGGAUUAUUCGCAGGAACCGCCUCGCCACCCUUGCCUUGCUAUUAAUUCCAAGGAGCCUUUCAAUGCAGAACCACCUCGUCAAGUUUUGGUCUCCUCUUAUGUGACUCCUGUGGAGUUUUUCUACAAAAGAAACCAUGGUCCAAUCCCAGUAGUUGAUGAUGUAGAAAGAUAUUCUAUUUCUGUAACUGGUUUAAUUGACAAUCCCAAACAACUGUUCAUGAAAGAUAUACGGAACCUUCCAAAAUACAAUGUCACUGCCACUUUACAGUGUGCUGGGAACAGGAGGACUGCCAUGAGCAAAACCAAAACAGUGAAAGGUGUAGGCUGGGAUGUAUGUGCUCUAGGAAAUGCUGUCUGGGGUGGGGCCAAAUUGGUAGAUGUUCUUGAACUGGUUGGGAUUCCAAAGUUGACUAGUGCUACGUGGUCUGGUGGGAAGCAUGUUGAAUUCAUCAGCAUUGAUAAGUGUAAGGAGGAGAAUGGCGGUCCUUAUAAGGCAUCAAUUGCACUAUCUCAAGCCACCAAUCCUGCAGCUGAUGUGUUACUUGCAUAUGAGAUGAAUGGAGAGCCUCUAAACAGGGAUCACGGAUAUCCAUUACGUGUAGUUGUUCCGGGGGUAAUUGGUGCCCGUUCUGUAAAGUGGCUGGAUUCCAUCAACAUAAUUGCAGAAGAGUGCCAGGGAUUUUUUAUGCAAAAAGAUUAUAAAAUGUUUCCGCCUUCAGUUAAUUGGGACAAUAUCAAAUGGUCUACCAGGAGGCCCCUAAUGGAUUUCCCUGUUCAGUCUGCGAUAUGUUCCUUGGAGGAUGUGACCAUUGUCAAGCAUGGAAAGAUAACUGUCAAGGGAUAUGCUGUAUCAGGAGGCGGCCGUGGAAUUGAGAGAGUAGAUGUAUCUAUUGAUGGUGGCAAAACCUGGGUGGAAGCAUCCCGAUACCAGAAGACUGGCACUCCAUACAAUCCUGAUGAUGAAAGUAGUGACAGAUGGGCAUGGGUGAUUUUUGAGGCAACUGCUGAUAUCCCAACAAGUACCGAGAUAGUUGCUAAAGCGGUGGACACAGCUGCAAAUGUCCAACCUGAAAAUGUGGAAAGCAUUUGGAACUUGAGAGGGGUGCUGAAUACCUCAUGGCACCGGGUUCAAUUUCGGAUCGGUAAGUCGAAUAUGUAAGCUAAAUACAAUGUGAAAAUAAAGCAUAGUAACUUUCGGCUUAACAAACAGAGUGCCUAAGGGACACUCUAGUUUCUGAUAUGAUAUCUAAAGGCUGGAUGUAUAUGCCUUUGCUGUACGACAAUAAGUUUCAGUCUUGUUACCGAACCGAACCGAACCGAACCAAUAUGGAAGGUCCUUGCUGGUUGCUCGAGUCCAACGUCAACAAUCUCUUUUGCUCUGUUUGUAGGGAGUUAAACCCACUUCCACGACUACUACUAACAAACAUUGCUGCUUCCAACUUCCACUCACUGCAACGUAUCCUCCUCUAUUUCCUCUCCUCUGCCCUGCUUUUGUUUGGUUAGUAAUUUGGCUUGCUUGCACAUUGACUGCAUCUGCAUUGCAUCCAACCCAUCCUUCUUGAAAGGGAGCUGGCUCGAGUGGAGUGGGACGACCGAGUACAAAUUGAAAAUAGCCGAGUCUUUGAAAGCGGAUGAUUCUUUAAUUUCUUUUUAGAUUAGAUUGUCUGUUUCUAGUGUUGAAGGAAUGAUCAGCAUAUACCAUCAUUUUUUUUUUUAAAUUUCUCAAAACAAUAGCCUAAUUAAUUGAUUCUGAAGAAUCUCAACGUUGGUUGAAGACA